AUGUCUGGGUCAGUCCGGCGAAAGCGCUCUCGCUUAGACGAGCAGGCCCAGCGCGACGAGGAUCAGUGCGAGCAUCUCGUGAGCUGCGUGCGCGCCCUCAAGCAGGUGAGGGCGUGCGAGGACCGCCUGUUCGCCCACACUGUCGGAGGCAUCUACAAACAGGUCCACGCCGCGUCCGACCUCAUGCGCGCCUCCCCGGCGCUCCGGGAGAAGUUCGUCGAGCAUGGGGGCCUGGAGGUCCUGGCGUCGCUCCUGAAGAUCAGCAUGCUCCAGAGCCCGUUCCUGGACGAAGGCGGCAUCGCCGAGGAGGAGCUCAAGGAGACCAAGACCCUUUUGCACCACAUAGAGAAGGACACGUGCUUCUGCAUCUCGAUGGUGCUCGCGGACGGCGCGCUGUCGUCCAACCAGACCGUCAUCGCGCGCCUCGGGGCGCUCCCGCACGUCGUGCGCCUGCUGCGCCCCGUCGACUACGUCCCCAUCGGCGCCACGGGCGGCGCGCCCAGGCGCGCGGCGGACGCGGUGUACGCGCUGGCGGUGGACAACAACGAGGUGAAGCACGACCUGCGGCGCGAGGGCGCGAUCCCGGCGCUGCUGGACCUGGCGGACCACAGCUGCGUCAAGGUGCGGCGCGCGGCCGUGAUGGCCCUGCGCGUCCUGGCGUUCAAGAACGACGAGAACAAGGACGCGAUCGUCCUGCACGGCGGCCUCGAGACGCUCGUGCCGCUCCUGCGCGCCGAGGACGAGAGCGUCUACACGGAGGCCAUCGGCGUGGUGGGCAACCUGGUGCACUCGACGCCGCUCAUGAAGGGCCGCGUGCUGCUCACGGACGGCGCGCUGCAGGCCAUCAUCCGGCUCCUGCGGCCGCACUGCACGGACGACGCCCGGCGGGAGGCCGCGCUGCUCAUGGGGCAGUUCGCGGCCGACGAGCGCUUCCGCCCCGUGAUCGCGCAGCGCGGCGCGGUGGCCUCGCUGGUGCAGAUGCUCGACCCGCACGGGCCCGAGGUGCUGCAGGAGAUGAGCACGUUCGCGCUCGGGCGGCUGUGCCUCGACCGGGACACGCAGGCGGGCCUCCUCGAGAGCGCGGCGCUGCCGCACCUGCUCGCGCUGCUGCAGUCCCCGCUGGCCGAGGUGCAGCACAACGCGUCGUUCGUGCUGUACGGGCUCUCGGACAACUCGGACAACGUCCCGGAGCUCAUCCGCGGCGGCCUCGUCACCGAGCUCGAGUCGGUCGUGCCGCACAGCCAGCAGGGCGAGGACUGCGUCGCGCGGACGAUGAAGCGGCUGGCGGAGAGGCUCCUGGAGCCGCGGGUGGUGCGGCAGGUGAUGGCCAUGGUGGGCAGCGCCUGCGUGACGGUGCGGCGGAACGCGGCGGUGGCGCUCGCGCUCCUCGUGGACCCCAAGUACCUGAGUCAGGUGAUGCUGGAGUCGCGCGGGGGCGGGGUGUUGACCGACGCGCUGCUGGGGCGGACCGAGCCGCCCGCGCUCGUCCUGCGCGCGCUCGCGGCGCUGACGGAGCGUGCGCGCGAGCACCUCCAGGACGUCGUGCGCGACCGCCGCUCCCGCACGCCCGCGGGCGCCCAGCUGUGCCUCGUGUUCAGCGACGGCGGGUGGCUCGCGCCGCCGCCGGCGGUGUUCCCGCGGGGCGGCGACGACGGCGGCGCGCCGGCGCGGAUGGAGUUCCUGCACCCGCACCGCGACGGCGGCGAGCGCGAGUGGGACCCCGUGCGGUGGGCGGAGCAGCGCGGCGCGCUCGGGGAGGGCGGCGACGCGGGAUGGGACCUCGAGGUGGUGGUGGAGGGGCGCGUGUUCCGGGCGCACCGGGAGCUGCUGAGCCAGAAGAGCGCCGCGUUCCGGACGAUGCUCGAGGGCUCGUUCCGCGAGGGCGGCGCGCGGCGCGUGGAGCUGCCUGACGUCAGGUGGGAGGUCUUUUGCUGCGCCAUGUACGAGCUCUACACCAUUGACCGGCGCGGGCUGAUGGACGGCGCGAGCGCGCAGCUCGCGGGCGAGCUCCUGCACUUCGCGGACCAGUGGAUGCUUCCGGAGCUCAAGCACCCGUGCGAGCACGUGCUACGGAAGGGCCUGAAUCAGGACACGCUGCUGGACUUGAUCGACAUGGCGGAGGCGUUCCAGGCGGACCACCUGAUGGCCGGAUGCAUCGAGUACGCGCUGGGGCACUUCGAGCAGCUCGCGGAUUACCUGACGGAGUGUCAGGCCGACCUGCCGGAGUCGGGGAGUCCCCCGGGGGGGUCGGAGCUGCUGUCGCCCGCGUCGCCGGCGUUCGGGCCCGAGACGGCCGCGACGACGCCGCCGUCCGUGCUGCCUGGCGCGCGCUCGUUCGACCGCGGCGCGUGCCCCGUGGCCGCGGACUCCCCAGACUCGUCGCAGGCGCCGGCGAGCGACGCGCCGCGGUCCGAGUCCGAGCGCGCGGCCAAGGUGCCGCGGCACGCCGGGUGGCGGUCCGCCACGGACGGUCUCGGCCGCGCGGAGCCCGGCGCGGCGGCGGAGCCGUCGGCCGCGGGCAACGACGGCGCCGGCCCCAGCGGGGAGGGGGACGGGGUCACGUCCCCGCGUGUGGCGAUCGAGGAGGCUCAGGCGAUGCGCGCUGGCGCGCGCAGCCCGGACGAGCCGCUCUUCGGGCAGCUGCCUGCGUCGGGCGCGAACAGCUGGCAGCUAGCCUGGCGCGCACAGCGCCUCCCGCACCCGUUCGCGCCGCCGUCGCCGCACCCGUACGCCCCGCAGGCCGGCGGCGGGUCCGUCACGUACCAGAGCCGCCCGCGCCACAGCCCGCUCAUGCGGCUCUUGCGUCGCCUGCACCCCUACGUAGCGACGUACCUCUCCAGCCUGCUGACGGGGCUCGAGGCGAUCCAGCGCGAGGAGGAAGGCGCGCCGGGGAGCGACUGCAAGGUCAUGGUCGAGGCCCUGCCGCGGGCGUCGGAGCUCCGCGCGCCCCGCGUGUUCUACACACCCUCGGGGCCUGACUCGGGGCCCAUGCAGCGGGCGAUGCUGCGGUUCCAUGCUGCGGUCCUGCCGCAGCCGGCCGCGGAGAUCACGCCGCCUGCUGCGACGGGCACGGAGCCCGCACCGAGCACCGGGGCCCCGACGGACCGCUCCGUGCGGCUCCCGUGGGACUCGGCGCUGCGCAUCGAGGCCGGCAGGCAGGCGCUGGCGGCCGAGGGCGGCGGGCAGCGGUCGCUGCUGCUGCCGUGGUUCGACCAGAUCGUGGAGGAGCAGUACGGCGCGGCGCGGGCCGCGGGCGGCGUGCAGGGGGCGGAGGGACGGACGCCGGCGGCACAGGCGGCGGGAACGCGGCCGGUGUUCGUGUUCGCGGAGGACAGCGACUCGGACGUCGAGGACGCGUCGUGGGUGGAGGAAUAG